AGUAAAAGCGCGUUAACCUAACCUUUUUCCUUAACCCCAAAGAAACAAAGCAAAGAAUUGUCGCUAUUACUGUAUAUAAUUCAGCUGUGCCGCUCUCUGAAGGAGAAGCGAUAGAAUCAAUUUCUUGUAAAUAACAAGUUUUCCUCUCAUUUAAUCUUCGUCUCUGUUUAUCAUGGAGGAUACAGAAUUUCAAGAUGAUGACAUUCUCCGGAAAUUCAAUUUCGAUGACCUCGGCCAACUCGAUUGGGAGAAUCUCUUUACUGGAUUAUCUAACGCUUCACCUCCUCUGCUCCCGGAAUCAUCUUCUCCGGCUCAUUUCUGCAACUCCUCCCCUGAUCCUUUAUCUUCGUGGAUGGGCCAACUCGAGAACAUCCUGAUGAAAGACGACGAUUAUUCUGUCGCUGUAGAGCCUAUCCAGCAAUUUUCCAACGAAUUUUUGGCUGAUAUUCUUGUUGAUUCUCCUCCCGUUGUUUCCGCUGAAGUCGUCGAUGCAGCCACCGACAAGGACUCCAGUGCUUCCGAUAAUGGUACUGGUAGUGCUUCAGAGACGGAAAAGGAUAGGAAGAAGGUGGUUGAUGAUGGAGUUGAGGUAAAAAGCGACGGUGAGGAUCACGAUGAUCCUAUCUCUAAGAAACGGAGAAGGCAGUUGAGAAAUAGGGAUGCAGCUGUUAGAUCAAGAGAAAGGAAGAAGAUGUAUGUGAGGGAUCUGGAAAUUAAGAGUAGGUAUUUGGAAGGGGAAUGCAGAAGACUGGGGCAGUUGCUUCAGUGUUUUAUGGCAGAGAAUCAAGCUCUACGUCUUAGUUUGCAGAAGGGCAAUGCAUUUGGUGUUACCUCGGCCAAGCAGGAGUCUGCUGUGCUCUUGUUGGAAUCCCUGCUGUUGGGUUCCCUGCUUUGGUUCCUGGGCAUCAUGUGCCUGUUCACUCUGCCCACACUUCCAGAGUCAAUUCCGGUGUCAGUUUCACAGGAAAACGCGGAAAAGAAAGUACCAGAAAGAGGAGCAGGAAGUAAGAUGUUUACAUCCUUGGUAAUACAAUCUUCUGUGAACAGUAGGAGAUGCAAAGCAUCAAGGACGAGAAUGAAAUCAAGAUCCAUAUUCGUUGGAGUCUUGGUGGGAGGCUCUCUUCUUUAGAGUAACUUAUUGGGAGUAUCUAUAAUCUCCACUUCUUUCAGUCUUUUCCUGUUUCAUUUAGUCUUAUAUCGUGUAUUUUGAUGGAAUGGGAGAAUAUUUUUAUAAGCAAGUGAAAAUGCUGGGGGAUUGACGAGUAAACGCAGGAAUAUAUUCUAAGCACAGAUGAGUUGAACUAUUAUAUGUUAAUUUUGAUUAUAUAUUUUUUUAGGAAAAUUUAUUAUUUA